AUGCAAAAAAAAAAUCAAAAUUUAAUUAAUAUUCCUUCUUCCAAUAAUAAUAAUUUAAAUACUUCUACUACAAACACAAAAAAAACCACUUCGGCGUCGCCACCUCAUCCUUCUACUGCCACCAUCCCAUGUUCUUCAAAUAUAAACAACAACAAUAUUGUGAAUAAUUUACCUCAAUCUUAUAAUUCUUUUUCAUUACAACAACAAGUACAUCUCGUACAAUCAAAAUAUAAUAAUAAGUUUUAUGCAAUGAAAGCACUAAAAAAAUCAGAAGUUGUACGUUUAAAACAAGUUGAACACACGAAUAAUGAAAAACAUAUUUUAGAACAAGUAAAACAUCCUUUUUUGAUCAAUCUAUGGGGGACAUUUCAGGAUAGUGCUAAUUUAUAUAUGGUGAUGGAUUAUAUCGUUGGGGGUGAAUUAUUUAGUAUAUUAAGAAAAUCUCAGAGAUUUCCUGAUCAUGUUGCAAAAUUUUACGCAGCAGAAGUUAUACUUGCAUUCGAGUAUUUACAUUCAAAAGAUAUAAUUUAUCAAAUAAUUCAGUCAAAAGGUUAUGGCAAAGCAGUUGAUUGGUAUUCAUUAGGUGUAUUGAUAUUUGAAAUGUUGGCAGGUCAUCCUCCAUUCUACGACGAUGAUCAUAUGAGGCUAUACGAGAAAAUCUUGGCUGGUAAAAUAAAAUAUCCGUCAUACUUUGAUCCGCUAGCAAAAGAUUUACUAAAACGUUUGUUGACUGCUGAUUUAUCAAAAAGAUAUGGUAAUCUAAGAGGUGGCAGUAAAGAUAUUAAAAAUCAUCAAUGGUUUAAGAGCGUUGAUUGGGAAAAAUUAUUAAAACGAGAAUUCAUUCCACCUUAUAUUCCAAAUGUUAAAGGUGAAGGUGAUGCAAGUAAUUUUGAUGUUUAUCCUGAAGAAAGGGAACCAUAUGGUAAACCAUGUAAUGAUAUUUUUAGGGAUAAAUUUUCAUCAUUUUAA